UUUUUGUUUAAGUGAUACCCAGAGAGAUAGGCGGAGAGUUUUGUUUAGACAACGACGAUACGAGGUUACGGACCACACGAACAGACACGAUUACAGCAUGAACCGGGAGUAACGCGCACGAUCCUUACCUUACCUAUCUUACCUACUUGACGAACCAGCUCAGGCCAGCUAGAGCCCAACUCAUCAGCACUCACCCGUUCAUUCACCAUCGCGACAACUUUAACCGCGCCACACUCACCACUUACCUUACCCAAUCCACUGAGAUCCAAAAUGGACCGCUUCAACUUCCUCCCUCAAGGUCUCCGGCGGAACAACCCUGCCGACAGCGCCGCCAACGCCGCGGCUGCUUCCACAGCCCCAACAGGCACAACCGACCACCCCCAAACUCAACCGCAACCAGCCCCCCUCCCAGCAGUCUACAACCGAAACCAAAACCCCUACACCUACUCCGACUCCGUCUCCUCUUUAUCCUCUGACGACGAGUAUGAGAACGAAGAUCUCUACGAAGACGAAGUUUACUCCGUUUCUUCACGGUCCUCUCGUGAUUCCGUUGCUCCGAGGAGUAGGCAACAGCAGCGAGGGGGACAACCAAAUUAUCCGUCUAGCAGCACUCUCAACCGCUCCCACGAUAACAUGGGAAACAGCAUGGGAAACAACAACCAAGACGACCUCUACUGCGACCUCGAAGCCCAACUAGGCAUCCACCCCGCCCUUCGCAUCCCACCCGGUCCCGGUCCCGGUCCCGGAGUUGGGCCAGGAGCAGGAAACGGUGUCCCAGCUAACUUCCCCCCACCACCUCCCAUCCCCCAAGAAGAAAUGACUGAGGUUGAACGCCGCUCCUCCUCGCGCUUCUUUCUUCCUAGGAUGUCCUUCCGCUUUUUAGGGGGCGGUAGGCCUCGGCCGGCCAGCAGUCAUUACUCCGGUGAUGGUCUGCCUCCUGCUACGGAGGUUAACUUCCCUGUAUCCCCCAAGUCACCGGCCUUUAGGAUUGGUGAGCAGCAGUUGCCGAGUACGCGGUUGCAUGUCCCUGGUGUGGAGAGGACUUGGAGUAGGGGGAGUAAUGGGCCGCCUACGAGGGAUGGAUCUUCCCAAGGAAGGGGGAACGGGAGGACGGUGCGAGUAACUGAGCCCAGGAGGACAGCUACGAGACGGCAUCGGAGUGAGAGGGAUGGGGAGCGUAGUGAGCGUCGUAGGGAGGGUAGUGGCAGGUCGAGGUCCGGUCGUUCUGGCUCGGGAGCUGGGACUGGAUCGGGUUCUGGUUCGAGACAUGCCGCCUCUGGUCAUCGGAGUCGGAGUCAUCGCUCGAGGAGAGAUCCCGGCCGGUCGACGACGACAGGGGGACAUAGGGAUGCGCGUGAUGAGGAGAGGAGGCGGAGGAGGAAAAAGAAGAGUAGUAGCUCGAGACGGCAGGAAGGUUCCGGAUCGGGAUCGGGAUCGCAUUCGAGGUCGGCGACGACGACCACCUCCGGCGGAGGAGGGUCCUCGGAACGGAGGAGGAAAAGAGCACCCCCGCCGAAACACUUCCUCUUCUGCUUCCCGUGGGUGAAGUCGCGGACGAAGCGGAUGCUUAUUCUGCGGUCUUUUGUUUCGGGGAUGUUUCUGGCUUGUUUGCUCAUCGUCUACCUCGCCCUCGCCGUCACCCACACCGUCGACGGCAGCGAAUUCACCAUCGCCAUGAUCCUCGUCGUCGUCUUGGGAGCCAUCGUCUUCUGCCACAGUGUCGUCCGCCUCAUAAUGCUGGCAUUCAAAGGCGGACGCAGCAAGCGCGGAGACUUGGAAAGUGGUCAGGCCCAUCACGGACUGGAUAUCCAUGCGCCCGCAGGGCCAUACGCCAUCCCACCUACACCGAUCCGCGUCGUGUUGGCGCGUGAUGAGGAGGCUGCUGGCAUUCCAAGUGAUGCGGCUGUGUCGAAACCGCCCGAGUAUGGACAGUGGCGGGAGUCUGUGAGAGUCGAUCCCAACCGCAUCUACUGGAUGCGCAACGAGGCAGUCACUCCCGCGCUUCCAAACGAGGAGCAAGCCGGUUCGGAGGGCGCCCGGUCCAGGGCUGGCAGCAGAGACGGCCCAGCUACAAACCCGGGAACCCUCCGCCGGCCUCCGUCGUACAGCUCCGAUGAUGGUGUUAGCUAUGUGGUUGAGGCGCAACCGCGAUCCAUCGCACCGGCCACUGAUGUACCACCGACCGGCGGCAGGGCUGGAAGGCGGUUGGCAUGAGGAAACAUGUAAAAACAAAAGAUUCGGAUUAGGGUUGGAUAUGUGAUUUAGGCAAGUGUUGGCGUUGUAUGAGAAACGAUUACAUGCUCCAACGAGUUCCAGGUCAUUCAUGGAGGUGUUGGUGAAGCCUCGACUUGGUAAACAUGUCCAUCGCAAACCGCGAGUGCUCACGAUGUUGAUAGAAGUCUGUGAUUGGUUGCUUCCGCUUGCUC